AUGUUCCUCAAAAGGCCAGAUCUCACUGCUGGCUCUCGCCCAACGCUUGCCGAUGAUGAAACUCUACUGAUGGUUCAAGAUGGUGUUGGGCUCUAUGAAGGGAAAUACAAAAUCGCUAGCUGCCAGAAAGGGCAUGUCUAUUUGACUUCUCACCGCGCGUAUUACGUCGAUGAUGCGGACCCUCGAAACAAUUCUUGGGCUAUCGAGCUCAAGGAAGUUGAGAAAUAUGAGUACCAGGCCGGAUUUCUCAAAUCGUCGGCCAAGGUCACGCUGUUCCCAAAACCAUUGAAACGCGGGUUUGGCGAUUCCGCCGCGAAGCCACUACAGUUCCAGAGGUUGGCAUCGGCAUCUUCGCCCACAUCCAGAUCUACGAGUCCAUUCCGCUCACCAGCUAUGUCUACGACCGCCGAACCUCUUGUGGUGGGCACGUGGGUGUGUCCCAUCUGUUCAUUUUCCAACCCCGUGCCCUCAAAUUUCGAUCCAACUAUUGCCACUGAGGCUUUCCCACUGCCGCCCUGCCUUGCUUGUGGCAUCAAACCUCCAUUUGCCUUAGUUCUCAAGGCCGCCAUCGCUGCAAACGCAAAACGGGUCCCAGAGAGUAGGAUUAACACUUCACAUGGCGCCGAGGCCAUUGCCUCACCGACCACUCACGAUGAUGGCAACAUAACCGACGACGUCCCUUGUCCACGGUGUACCUUUCGCAAUCACCCUGGUAUGCGAAUAUGCGAGCUCUGCUCUUCUCCACUUCCGGUGCCAUCUUCGAUACAGCGUGUAGCUUUUGCGGAAUCGACGAACAGGUCUGAAUCCCCCGGACCUGAGAUCGCCGGACUGACUCUGGAGGACGAACAGCAUGAAUUACUCUCUGUGAAGUUCUCAUUCCGCACCGGUGGGGAUCGAGUAUUUUAUGAUCGGCUUAAGAACGCCAUGAUACAGCGCAAGUGGUUGCUACAAUCCGCGCCACCUAUCCCCCGUGCCGAAACUCGUCCGAUGACACCUGUUGAUAAUGCAAGCCCUGCAUCCUUACCAGGCCCGCGUACAUCUGCUGUGGGGAUUGCUGGUCUCGAACAGCGAGGGCUGGAGACUCGACGAAACAAUGAGACCGUCCUGGGUAAUGCAUUCGGAGAUCUGGAAGCUUUGAUGGCAUCCGCUAAGGACAUUGUUGCUCUCGCCGAGAAAUUUGCAACGGAAACAGGAUCAGGCUUGGGCUUGACGGGGUCCUUAUCCGAUCCUCUUCUCUCGCGUUCGGCUGCUGCACUGGGCAUGGUCACCACCAAAGAUAUAGUCGGAGACAGCUCGAAUACCUUGUACAUCUCCGAAUUGGCUCGAAACCUCGCAGAGUAUGCUACGGAUGAUCGGAGAGGUAUCCUUCGCAGUCAAGGGGGCACGAUGAGCCUAGUCGACUUCUGGGCUAUGUUUAACAGGAGUCAGAAUGGAGUGGAGCUAGUGAGUCCGUCUGACUUUCACAAGGCUGCGGAAGCGUGGGAAAAGCUCGGACUACCGGUUAAGAUUCGCAGGUUUAGGAGUGGUCUUUUGGCCGUACAACGGAGAGAUGCCAGCGACGAAAAGACCGUCAAGCAAUUGAAGGAUUGGCUGGAGUCUUUGCGUGUGCCUGAGCCAGAGCACAUCCCAGCCUGGGACUGGUCUACUUUUGGAUUCGGUGUGACGGCUCAGCAAGCAGCUGCGAAGUUCGGAUGGAGUCUGGGAGUUGCGGUGGAAGAACUGGAGAUGGCGGAGGAGAAAGGUGCUCUCUGUCGAGAGGAGGGUGUAGAAGGACUCAAGUUCUGGCUUAAUUUUCUGGUUCAGGAUGAGUAA